UAUAUCGUUAUCUACAUUUAUUCACGUACCUUUCCACAGCCUAGUUAAAAAUAUGAAAGGAGUAAGCAUACUAGUCAUAUGUGCAUUUGGACUGGUCGUCGUUAGUUCACAGGACUGGCACAAAAACUGGAGCAAUCUAUUAAGUAGUAUUGCAAAUCAAACUAGUAAUAAUGGACAAAACGGAGGAACAUGUGAUCAUAAAGACAGGAAAAAUCAUGCGAUCGACCUGCUAAAUGAAUGGAUUACACAUAAGCAUUAUGACGCUGUUGACAAACUCUACCAUGAUAUAUAUCAUAAAGAUUUAUCUGCAGCAAGGAGGAAAAGACAGUGGCACCACUAUACCAGUAAUUUUGACGAGGCUUUUCUGCAUAGCAACAGAGAUCCAGAUUAUCGUCAUGUUGAGGGUUAUAUCAUGAUCAAUAUGAACCAAGCAUGCAGAGUAGAAUUAAGGAAAUGGAUUGAAAAUCUUGCACAUCACCAUAAUCCUCAUGCAGCAACAACUGCAAAACCGACGCAUGCUCAUGUACGAACUACCACUAAGCCGACCCGUGCUCAUGAACGAACUACUGCUAAACCAACGCAUGCUCGUGAACAAACUUCUUCAACACGAGCAACGACAAUAUCUGUCAAUGUUAUAAGUUUACUACAUGACUGGGAAAGACAUAAUCAUUUCUCAGAUGUUCAAAGAUUGUACUUAGAUGUAGCACUAGGAUUCCAUGCUUUAACUGAGACAAAUGGAGAUGACACAACAGCACAUGAUAAGUCUGUACGGCAUAGUCUGUUGAUAUUGAGUAGUAACUGUAAAAAGAUGGUAUAUACAUGGAUUGAAGAUGAUGCAAGGAAGCACACAGUCGCGACGUAA